UACAUCGUACAUGUGCUACCCAAGACUAAUUUACAACCAAUCAAGUGAUGAAGUGAAUUUUUUAUACCUAUAUAAAAAUUGAAUACAUUGUAAUAAUAAAAUUAUUAAAUAUUGCAUUUUUUGAGUUAUUGGAAAUGAAUUUUCUUCAGCAAUCUUUGACUUCACGUACAAGAUAUUUUUUAAAUAUUUUAUUGAAGCCGAACAUCUGUCUACAGACAAAAAUGAGUUUUAAUUCAAGUGAACUGAAAUGUGGAGCGAAAAGAAUUGUUUGGGUCGACUUAGAAAUGACAGGUCUUGAUAUUAACAAGGACCAUAUCCUUGAGAUAGCAUGUUUGGUUACUGAUGGUAACCUUAACGUGAUAGCAGAGGGACCUAAUAUAAUAAUUCAUCAACCUAAUGAAAUCCUCAGCGGGAUGAAUGAGUGGUGCAUUACUCAACAUGGUGAGAGUGGAUUGACGGAGGCUAGCCGAAAAUCGAACAUUUCUGUCGCAGAUGCUGAAAAACAAAUAUUAAACUUUGUAAAGUCACAUGUUCCUGAAAAAAAGUGUCCCCUGGGGGGAAACAGCGUCUAUAUGGAUAGACUAUUUUUAAGGAAGUACAUGCCUAAGUUCAAUGACUAUUUGCAUUAUAGAAUAAUAGAUGUGAGUACAAUUAAAGAGUUGGCUAAAAGAUGGUAUCAAAGAGAGUAUUCAAGACUACCUCCAAAAACCUUUCAACAUAGGUGUUUAAAUGAUAUUAAAGAAAGUAUAGAAGAAAUAAAGUAUUACAAAGAAAAUAUAUUUAAGUAAUAAGGAUAAUGAGUAUAAUAAUUAUGUUAAGUAGAAAAAAUUACCUAACACAAGCUACCAACAUGGUAGAAAGAAAAUAAUUAAGGAACAAAUUAUUGAAAUUUUAAAAAUAUUAAUUUAAUAAUACAAUUUUGAUAUUAUUAAAAAUAUGUCUUUUAUUCACUUAUUUUUUUUUUCAAAAAGCUCUGUAUAAAAUAUCUUGUAAAAAAAAUCACUAUUUCACCUUAUCCCUAGGAUAAAGAGGGUUUUAAAAAUAUUUUUUAAUUAACAAAUUUAUUGCUUUUUAUAAUAAAUGACUACAAUUAUA